AUAUAUUACUCGUCAAACACAAUUCAAACAAAACUAUUCCCAAAACAAUUCAAACAAAACUAUUCCCCAAAAAACUAAAGCUACAGAAAUACACGGACUAUUGCAACUCCACAAAGACCCCAAUCCCUAUACUCUCUAUAUCGAUAUAUAUAUAUAUAUAUAUUUUCUAACCAUGGAGGAACUACGACCCGAUGAAAUGAUUUGGAUCACCGAAGCCUUUCGAAUACUUCAGAAGGAUAGUGAGGGAAGUGUCACUACACGUGAAUUGGCAACUGUGAUGCGUUCCUUGGGCUGUCAUCCCAGUGAGGGUGAACUUCAGUCUAUGAUCAAUGAGGUGGAUUACGAUGGUAAUGGUUCCAUUGAAAUUGAAGAAUUCACUGCCAUGAUUUUGAGGAAAUUGCGUGCCACCAACAAUGAGGAUGAACUACGUGAAGCAUUUCGUAUCUAUGAUAGAGAUAACAAUGGUUUCAUUCACCCAGGCGAAUUGAAAUACGUAUUGACGGCAUUGGGUGUGAAAAUUAGCGAUGAAGAAGUUGAUGAAAUGAUUAGAGAAUAUGAUUACGAUCAUGAUGGACAAAUGAAUUUCGAUGAUUUUGUUGGCAUGAUGUCAACGAUUUAAGUUCAAGUAGUUUUUCAAUUGGCUUCUAAUGUUAUCUAGUUUCUAAAUUUCAAUGGAAAAGUUUACUUCCAAAAAAAGGCAUAAAAUCAAAAUUAACUUAAAUAGUUGCAGGAAAAAAAAACAAUUACCAAUUUCUCGUUAUGCUAUUAACAAAAUAAUUCAACAAUAAAUGAAAAGU